CGCCGCUUCCGCCUUCCGCGCGCCGCCCCGGCCAGAGUGAAACAUGCCUAAGAAAAAGACUGGUGCUCGUAAGAAAGCUGAGAACCGUCGGGAGCGGGAGAAGCAGAUAAGGGCUUCACGAGCCAACAUAGACCUGGCCAAACAUCCCUGUAAUGCUUCAAUGGAAUGUGACAAGUGCCAAAGACGACAGAAGAAUAGAGCUUUUUGUUACUUCUGUAACUCUGUUCAGAAGCUGCCCAUUUGUGCACAGUGUGGAAAAACCAAAUGCAUGAUGAAGUCUUCAGACUGUGUUAUAAAGCAUGCUGGUGUGUACAGUACUGGACUAGCUAUGGUGGGUGCAAUCUGUGAUUUCUGUGAAGCCUGGGUGUGUCACGGGAGGAAGUGUCUCAGCACCCACGCCUGUACCUGCCCUCUGGCAGACGCGGAGUGCGUCGAGUGCGAGAGGAGCGUCUGGGACCACGGAGGCAGAAUAUUCGCCUGCUCUUUUUGCCAUGAUUUCCUCUGUGAAGAUGAUCAGUUUGAGCAUCAAGCCAGCUGCCAAGUUCUGGAAGCAGAGACGUUUAAAUGUGUCUCCUGUAACAGGCUGGGGCAGCAUUCCUGCCUGCGUUGUAAGGCUUGUUUCUGUGACGAUCACGUGCGAAGUAAGGUGUUCAAGCAGGAAAAGGGGAAAAAGCCUCCUUGCCCUAAAUGUGGCCACGAAACUCAGCAGACCAAGGAUCUGAGCAUGUCAACACGCUCUUUGAAGUUUGGCCGACAGACUGGAGGGGAGGAUGCAGAUGGAGCUUCUGGUUACGAUGCCUACUGGAAAAACCUUUCCUCCAGCAAGUCUGGGGACGCGGGCGACCGCGAGGAUGAGUACGAGGAGGAUGAAGCAGAAGAUGAUGAUGAAGAUGACAACGACGAGCGAGGCAAGGACUCGGAUUCUGAGGCCACGGAUGUAUUCAGCAAUUUGAAUUUAGGAAGGACCUAUGCUAGUGGGUAUGCACAUUAUGAGGAAUCAGAAGAUUAAGCUCAGUGUGCUGACAAGCUAGGGACAUUUCAGAGGAGCCAGGCAGCGCUUCUCUGGGUUGUGCGUACGUGCCAGUAGGAUAGCUCUAGCAGGUACUUACUUAGCAGAGUUAGAGAGGAAAGAGCGUGGGACUGCUGCAGUAACUCCAAGGGACAUUUCUCCUGUAGAUGAGCUGUUCUUGGCUUUGGGGCUGGGGGAGAAAAUCAGGGUGUUUUUAUUCUCCUGUACAACAGAAUGGUUUUGUCCCUGAGUUACUGAGUACAAUGGUUCUAUGCCAUUUUCUCCUAUCAACACAACAGUGUGGGAAAGCUGUAGAACUUGCUUCCAUUUGCGCAUCAGAAAUUAAGUUAUUUUUUACAAUAAUUUUGUUAACCGAUUUCACACAUUAAUGCAGUGGUGGGUUGGUGACUGCAUUUUUUUUUUCGGUCUGCACAAUAAAAGUCGACUGCAUUCUCUAAUGAGCUGUCAUAAAUAUUGAUCUCCCUUGAAUAGCUGGGAAGCAGGUUGUGUACAAAGUGUAAAUUGACACUGAAAUUACUUCCUUGUUUAUGUCACUGUGGCAGAUCAAUGUAGUUCUCUAGUUCUCUGUGUAUUUGCACGUCACCUUUUCAGUAUUUUUGUUAUUAGAUAUUAAUUGGUGGGGCUUUAUAUAGUCGCUGUAAGACCACCCCAGAUAAUGAAAACUUUUAUGGAAAUAAAAUAUUGGUAUCCUCUCUGCCACAAAAAUCUAUAAGGCAGUUUCCCAUUAGAUGAAAAGGAGACUGGUUUCUUCUGUACCUGGCCUUCAGCUCUUUCCCUUGCAUAUGAUUAAAAAGAAGAAAAGGAUAGAAAACAACGCCGUGUGUGAACUGAGGAGGUGAGAAAACAUGGGGGGUUCAAAAUGCUGGGUCCAAAGACUGCUCUGUGCGGGCCUGCCAGCACGAGGAAAUGAUCAGCACUUCUGAGCUGAGAAGGUGACACCUGCAGAAGUGCUUGCAGUGGCUCUGAUGUGAAAGUGAACACGUCAAUUGCCCAUCUACAGAUCUAAGUGAUGGCACUUAUUUUCCCUCUGUAGGGGAAUGUUUUACAGCAGCCAGAUGAUGAUACAAGGGCAGCCACCUCAAGCUUUCUAAAUGCCAUGCUUUAAUGCAAGAGAGCCCUUCUUGUUAUCUGUCAAAUGCCUGAGCUGAUGAUAUCAUUGCCUGCUUUUGUGGUGUUCCUCUGCUCUUCCUUAACAGCUUAAGGGCAUGUGUUGGCAGAGCACAGCCUAUUGAGAAUCACUUUUAAUGAUGUUAGGAUUGCCAAAUGGACAUUUCCUAGCAAAGCAGGA